UACAAAUUAUUUUCUUAAAUAUAACAAUUUAAUAACUUGUGCUGGAACAAGUUGCAUGAAUAUAUAUGCUAAUAAUAUUUAUUGACUGAUAGGAAAAAUUUCUUUCCGUAAGAUGCCUGUAAUCAAACUUUGUUCAGAUAUAAAGAAGGCAGCUUCGCGAAAGCAAACAUUAAUCUGUCAUCUAUAUUAUUCUCCUGUUCAGUUUCCAAUGUGGUAUUAUUGCUUUUCCGACUUAUCAUUUAAUGACUUUUUAUUAAAAUAGACUUCAUAUGUGACUAAAUAAACUGACAAUUUUAUCUCGUGUUAAAACAAAAACUUGAAGAGAUUUGUUUUUUUUAUCAAUAAUUCGGCACAUUGCUUCAAUUAAACAAAUAUGACAAGAGACACACAAGUUAUUGAUAUAAUUGAAACAAAUACAAAUAAAGAACCAUCGCCUAUUGGAUUUCUUUUAUCUUAUUUGCCAAAUUCAUCAAAAAAUGUUGCUACUAAAUCAAAUGGAAAAUUCUCUCCGCCAUAUCCUAUUGAUGCUUCAUCAAGUGGAACAUUUCCUAUUCCAAGUUCCAUUCCAAUGGUAACUAAUAAUUUAAAUCAUAAUAAUUACAUUGACAUUGAACUCAAUGAAAUUUCAACAUUACCAACAGCACCAAACGUUGUUGAUAUUGAUGAUGUAAAAAUUCUAAAAAACAGUGAAAAGCAAGAAAUUGAAAAAGAAUUAUCCAAAUUGAAAAUUCGAAUGCUAGGUAAAACUGAUGAUGAAAAGAGAGCAUUUUUAAAUGAUCAACAUAAAGUGCUGAUGAAAAUUGAUAGUAUUAAAUUGAGAUUAUCUGACGAUGAACGAAAUGAUUUUGAAAAAAAAAUGAGGGAAAUUGAUGAUAUUCGAAAGAUAAUUGUACGUGAUGAGAAUGUACAAGAAAUUGAUGGAAAAGACAGCAGUGAUGAAGCAAAUGAAACAAAUAAUAAAUGUAUAUUUGAUAUAUCUUCUCUAUUACCCAAAUUUCCUCAAUUGGUAGUUGAUAUCGUGUUAUGUGUGAAAGGAGCAAUGAAGGGUUUAAUGAAUGUUUCAGGCGCAACUUAUUUUACAAUUUCAUUAAGCGCUGCACUUUUUACAGCAUAUUACUUAAUAUUAUUUUGUACAUGUAGACGAACCAAAAGAACUCGUGUUUCUGAGUUUCUUCACAGUCUCCUGUGUACUUUUAUCUUCUUGAUCGUAUCAUUUUGUUCUACUGACGAUGAACAACUCAGAGCAUUUGGAUUUUUGGCAUCAGUACCUUAUGGAAGUGAAGUAUGUUGGAAAUGUUGGAAUUAUCUGUUUAAGAAAAAAUUCUAGUCAUCGCAGAUACUGAACGAAUAUUGUUGAAGAGAAAAUCUCAAAAAAAAUUUAAUUCUCAAAGUGGAAUUAUUUACUAUUAUAUGUAUUAUUUUUUAUAAUAUUAUAAUUUCUUUUUGUAUUGUUAAUAUAUAUAUUAAUUAUGAUAUCAUUAAAA